UGUCCGCAUUUUCUGACAUUACAGGAUUCAGUUCAGUCCAGACCGAGAGAGAGCGAUGAUCUGAACGCGUUCAGACGGGAAGAUGUCGAGCAGCAGCGCGGUGUUUGAGAGCAGGCUGAAGGCGGUGCUGGAGUCCGCGGUGAUGGAGAUCCUCCAGCUGCACGAGGAAGGACUGGCGCUGCUGCGGCUGCAGAUCCGCCAGAGAGACGCGCAGAUCGGCGUCAUGCAGAGCAGAGUCGCGGAGCUCCAGAGCCUCGGUACACAGCUCAGAUCAUCACUCAUCUGCAGCGCUGCCUGGGAAGAUUACUUUGGAAAUAGGUUACAGAUUACAGGGCGUCUCGUUCAGAAACCUGCUUCUCCGCUUCAUCACGAUAGGAAUCUAGACUCUAACCAGACAAACACCGAUCCAGAGCAUCCUUCCGGUGGAGAAACACACACACAGAUCAUCUGCGCAGACAGAGAGGACACACAGCUCGCCGAAGACCUCGACGCUCCUCACAGCGAGGAAGACUUCGGUGGACUGCUGGAGGUGGAGAUGAAGCAGAGCUUUCCGUCUGAAAUCACAGGUCUGGACCGGCAGGAAAACACGGAAACAACAGAUGAUCCACGCUGCUCGCAGAUGCCUGCAGACGCAUGCACAUUUGCGUCUGCGGAAAGCGGCUUGUCUGCCGCUGCUAGACAAACCUUAAACAACCUCAGAUUUGAGUCUGUAAACCAGAACUCAUGGGCCGACAGAACAGAACCAGACUUCAUCCAAACGUUUCCAGAUGAGAAUAUAAACCGCAGCUGCGCAGCCAGACACGCAUUCGCCGCGCACCGCAGAGAAACGGUGCAUGAGAAGUGGUUCAUCUGUUCAUUCUGCGGGAAGAGUUUUGACCGCUUCAGUCACCUGCAGAUGCACCAGCGCAUUCACACCGGAGAGAAACCCUUCCGCUGCGCGACCUGCGGAAAACACUUCUCGCAACAGAGCAAUCUGCGCACGCACCAGAAGAUCCACCGCAAGACACGCACGCAUACGUGAAAACUAGGGAUGCACCGAUUGUUAAAAUAUGAUCAGGGUUGAUUAUUUAUGAAAGCUCUUUUCCACCACCGAAUAAAACAAUACAAAAGAUAAUUGCAACUUUCUCGCCAUUGCGAGUUUUCAGAAUUGAGAGAUAUAAACUCAAUUGUGCAUUAUAGUCCGAUUUUGAGGAGGAAAAACGACUAUGUUCUCAGAAUUGCGAAUUUAUAUCUCACACCUGACUUAACUCACAAUUGCAUCUUAUAAAGUCAGAAUUGCGAGAUAUUAACUCAGAACUGCAAGCUUGUAUCACGCAUUUCUGAGAAAAAAGUCAGAAUUGUGAGAUAAAAAGUCACAAAUUCCUUUUUUAUUUCUUUAUUCAGUGGCGGAAACGGGCUUCCGUAAUUAUUUCCUGUCAAUUUGUUUGAAGAAAACGUUUCUUGUGUUGAAUUUAUGUCUGUCCAGGUUGAUGCAAUAAUAGUGCAUUAACACAGUGCCGUUAACGCAGGUUUCUAUUAAUAUAAACCAGGUUGCCAGAUCUACGUUUCACAAAAUGUUAUUUGUAAUGCGCCUCCAAUCCGAUCAUCACAACGAGCUUUGUGCUUUGUUACUUCAGAUGAGAAACAAAGUCUCAGCUUUCAAAUCCUGUACAUUUAAUCACAAAAUUCAAACAAUAAAUGCCAUUUUGACGCUCUUAAAUGUGGCACGACAGAUCGCCGUAGUGCCUCAGUUCAAGCGGCAGCGUGAGUCUCUUCCACUUUAUUAUAAGUUAUUGCACAAAAUAAACAUGAAUGAACAUCAGGUGGUGUUGAAAGAUACAGUACAACUUACCGAAAUUUAUCAUGUCUCAUAAUUGCUCAGUUUCAACAGAAAGAAAGAUGUCAAUAAAACUUAACUUAACGUUGCAUUUACCUCAGGAAAGUUAUCCAGUGUUCACAGUUCGUUAGUUAGCUAUAAAAAUACAAGGAGCUUAAAUACUGUUAAGUGUAUGUAUGUUUGAAAAAAUCUAAUGAAGACAAGUUAUGAGAACUACACCUUGUGUGCAACUAAAAGUUUUUAUUUGAGUGUGAUUAUGUCUGAAAAUAAAUAGCAUUGAAUAUAGGCUAAUAUUGUUGAUGUUAAUUCUAACCUCUAAUGCACCAAAUGAGAGGGUUCCCUGUAGUUUACAGCACUGGUUGGUUGGGUUUUUCCCUUAAGAAAACUAUCGGUAUCGGCCGAGUAAUUUCCUAUCGGUGCAUCUCUAGUGAAAACAUACUGACACACCACUGAAAAGCGACCGCUGUGCCUUUCAUCGACUGUUUCUGUAUUUUCAUUCACAUUAACUUUUAUUAAAUCUCUUCACAGAUCAA